AUGACUGUCAAAGUGGAAGCAGCAUCAUCAACUGUUGAAUCAAUAGAGACGAAAGAAGCUAAGCCAAAUUGGAAGAGAGAGAAGAAGUUGAAACUAAAGCUAAAUCAACUAGAGCAGCAUCCGACAGUAGCAUUUACUUUUUUCUUACGAAUACUACAGCUGGUGGAGCAAGGGAACGAGCUAAGUGAUUGCACUGAGAGCGAGUAUCGGGCUAUGUUCUCAGAGGAAGUUAGAGAG